AUCUUCGUUAUAACAUUUUUUAGGCAGCUUUUUUUAAGGUGCAUGUUGAAUCAAUUGCGAGUGGCGUUUAUUCACCAUUCUGAAUUCAAGUUUUAACCAUGGAUCGUGAAAGAAUCAAGGAAGCAUGCCAGUUGGCUGAAGCCUAUCUUGUGAAAGUAAGACCACUGGAAAUUGAAUUCAGCAAAGGAUUAAAACAAGUAAAUGAAACGGCAGAUACUGCCGAAGCUAUGGUCAUAAGACGCUUCGCCACCCUGCAAGAACGUAUUAAUAACCUACUGACAGAGAGGAAAUGUACUUUGCUGGAGAAAAUUCAGAAAGCCAGAGAAGAAGGUACAACACCUCUAUACGUCAGCUGUAGCAGCAUGAAAGAAAAAAUUCGAAAUGUCGAGAAAUUCUUAAAAUUAGGUGAAAGUAUCCUUGACAGAGCAACUCCUAGUAAUAUAAGGGAUGUUGAGGAAUUCUCUAGACAAUCUAAAGAGUUAGAUAGAAAUCCUAUAUUGAAAACCACUACAAAAGUUUCUUAUAUAAGUUUUGAAGCAGAUGAUGAUUGCCUCAGCAUUUUGGAGGAAGUAAUCUCUAAUUAUGGUAACAUUGCUACUCUGGGUCCAGUUCAAUUAUGUGAUUUGAAAGAAAAACCUGGAGGUAUCUUCGUUGAGUGGCGCAUGACAGAUAGCGAUGAGCAAAUGGUGGAUGUUCAAGAAUUUUGUUUACAAAAAGCUUCAGGGGAUGGAGUUGGUGAUAUACCCAACUUCGAAAACUGUUAUGUGGGUGAGGAUACCCAUUAUCUUUGUAAGGAUGUCGUUGUGGAUCAAUAUUAUUCAUUUCGAGUUAGUUGUAAAUUCGAGGGCAGUAAUUCUUUAAGCCGUUGGUCUAUCCCCUUGUCGUUCAAAACAACAAUCAAGUCCUACAAUUGGAAGGAGAAUGGUCAUUAUUCAAUGAACGACCAAUUCAGAAUAGCAAAACCCUUAGUGGAUUCACCGCCAAUGCUUAUUUCUGAAGGACGUCAAUAUCGAGUAGGAUAUACAAUAGAAUUCACAAUUUUGGAAAUGGACGAGGGUCUUGCUCAUAUAGGAUUAAUGACAGAAAACAAAAAAACUCUUUCUAAGAUGGAAGAUCCUAAUGGUACCUUCAUUGUUGAUUCAAGAGGAACUAUCAAAGUGGAUGGCAUCACAAAGUCUACGUUCUUACCAGAAUUCAAGAAAAAUUGCAAGAUAUGUUUCACCUGUGAAUGUUUGAAGGAUACACGGGUCGUUAUUCAUAUCGACAUAGAGGAGAAACGAGUCACUUAUGAGUGGUCAGUGAACAAGUCAGAUCCAUACUUUUUUGCAGCUGAGCUUCCCUCCACUAAAUGGAAAAUAAUGGUGGAAUGAAUGUGUGUUUAAUUUAUGAGAAUUUCAAAUUUCGAUUUGUGGUUUUCUUAUGUCUCUAAUUCGUAGAAGAAUUUGUUUCAGGAGGAGAAAUGAUAGGAAAACUAUUGGUCAUGAAAAUGAAAUGUUUCCUAAAAAGUAUUGUGAUAAUUGAAAACCACUCAAAAAAAUAUAUUCGGCCCCCUAAUUGAAAUGAUGAUUUAUUUGUGUGAAGAAUCGCACUUUAUUUAAUCGCACAAGGUGGAAAAGAUCUUCAAUUAGAAUUUUUUAAUGAAGAAUUUGUGAAGAGUGGAAAUCAAAAUUUAUUUAUUUUUUAUUUCCCAAGUGAAAUGGAAAUGUUAAAUUUUUAUGAUCAAUGUUUUUCCAGUGAACCCAAAGUAUUAUAUUAAUAUUUUCAAAAAACUCUCUUCAACUGUGUUAUUGAAGCCAAUUAAAAAGUUAUAUGUGAUUGUUUUUAUUUGAUGUUGGAAUUUUUUUAUUUGUAUGUAAAUUUGAAAAUUUUUUGUAAUGAAUUUUUAUAGACUUUAAACUGUUACCCUUUGAUAAUUGUUUUUUAUAUGAUGGCUCAAUAUUGAGAUAGCUGAGAGGUGUACUCAUUCACUAGUCUUAAAAAUAAAGUAUUUUGAUUA